AUGGAUGUCCCAAUGGUUGUGGCGGGGGUGGUGGUGGAAGGAUUCACUUUCAUUGGUCAGACAUUCCUACUGGAGAGGCAUACCAUCCCAAUAGCUAGUGUGCAGGGCAGCAUAAAAACUGGGGGUGGAGGGGCUGGAACUUAUGGUGGUGCUGGGGAAAGAGGUACGGUGACUGGAAAAGCUUGUCCAAAAGGGCUUUUUGGAACAUUCUGUGAGGAAUGUCCAGCCGGCACAUAUAAAAAUGAAACAGGAUCUGAUAGAGCGCUUUGUUUUCCGUGCCCAGCUGAUGAGCUUCCCAAUCGUGCUGUUUACACUACCAUCCGAGGUGGCAUUACUGAAACACCUUGUCCCUACAAAUGCAAUUCGGAAAGAUAUCACAUGCCCCAUUGUUAUACGGCUCUCGAGGAGUUGAUGUACACAUUCGGUGGGCCUUGGUUGUUUGGUCUUCUUCUUUUGGGUAUCCUCAUCUUGCUAGCAGUGGUACUUAGUGUUGCACGAAUGAAGUUUGUUGGUGUAGAUGAAUUACCGGGCCCCACUCCUACACAGCACAGCUCUCAAAUUGAUCACUCAUUUCCUUUCCUGGAGUCACUGAAUGAGGUUUUAGAGACAAACAGAGUUGAGGAGUCACAGAGGCAUGUACAUAGAAUUUAUUUUUUGGGUUCGAAUACAUUCGGUGAACCUUGGCAUCUUCUUCAUACACCUCCAGAACAAGUGAAAGAAAUUAUAUAUGAAGGUCCAUACAUCAGAUUUGUGGACGAGAUUAAUGCUAUAGCUGCUUACCAGUGGUGGGAGGGAUCAAUGUACAGUAUUCUAUGCAUUCUUGCGUAUCCUCUUGCAUGGUCAUGGCAACAGUGGCGCCAGAGAACGAAGUUACAACGACUUCGUGAAUUCGUGAGGUCCGAGUAUGAUCAUUCUUGCUUACGGUCUUGUCGCUCACGUGCUCUCUACGAAGGGCUGAAGGUGGCUGCAACAUCUGAUCUAUUGCUAGCAUAUGUGGACUUUUUUCUUGGUGGCAAUGAAAAGAGAGAUGAUCUUCCUCCUCGUAUUCAUGAAAGAUUUCCAUUGUCUUUAGUGUUUGGAGGUGAUGGAAGUUACAUGGCUCCUUUCUCACUUAACAAUGACAAUAUUUUAGCUAGUCUUAUGAGUCAGUUUAUCCCACCUACAACGUGGUAUAGGUUUGUAGCUGGUUUGAAUGCACAGUUGCGCUUGGUACGUCGGGGUUGCCUCAGAGUAAUGUUUCAGCCUGUCAUUAGAUGGCUGGAAACUCUUGCAAAUCCUGCUUUGAGGGUCUAUGGUGUACACGUUGAUAUAGCGUGGUUUCAAGCUACAAGUGGUGGUUAUUGCCAGUAUGGACUUUUGGUAUAUGCUGUUGAAGAAGAAACUGGGUGUAGAUCUUUCGGAACUAUUGUUGGAGCAGCUCAAGGACAGCAACAUUCACGUGCUGGCAGUAAUUCGAAGGAAAAUUAUUCGGGUCUCCCAAGGGAUCUUGUUGGUUUGGUCAUCUCAAUGCUGCUUUUAGGAGAUUUUAGCUUAGUUUUGCUUAUUUUGCUCCACUUGUAUUCAAUUUCAUUAGCAGACGUCUUUCUGGUUUUGUUUAUUUUACCACUUGGUAUUUUGCUUCCAUUCCCUGCUGGAAUUAGUGCUCUAUUCAGUCAUGGACCUAGGCGUUCUGCUGGGCUUGCACGUGUUUAUGCUUUGUGGAAUAUAACGUCUGUGGUUAAUGUUGUUGUUGCAUUCAUUUGCGGGUACAUCCACUACAGUAACCAGUCAAGUACAAAACUUACAGCCUUUGAACCAUGGAACAUGGAUGAGAGUGAAUGGUGGAUUUUUCCCCUAGCGCUGGUUUUCUGUAAAUGUAUCCAGUCCCGGUUCAUCAAUUGGCAUGUUGCAAAUUUGGAGAUUCAAGAUCGGUCGUUGUAUAGUAAAGACUUUGAACUAUUCUGGCAAUCAUGAUAUUUGUCAAGCAGACAUCUUCAAGGAUCCAGAAAGUAGAUAAAGUGAAGGGGAACAACAAAGAAAUGAUGGAGUGAGAGGCUUUCUUUUAAAUCUGUGUCGUGACAAGAGCCUCGUGAAUUGGGCCGUCUUUUUUUUUUUUUUUUUUUUU